UAAGUAACCAGGAGCAAUGGGAAGAAAUGCUUGCUACCAAAGGCCUUACUGUUGUGGAUGUGUACCAACAGUGGUGUGGCCCGUGUCGAGCUGUGAUAAGUCUUCUGAGAAAAAUUAAAAACGAAUUGGGAGAUGAGCUUUUGCAUUUUGCCGCAGCAGAAGCAGACAGUAUUGAAGCUCUGGGAAGAUAUCGAGGCAAAUGUGAACCGACCUUCUUAUUUUACGCAAUCAAAGAUGAAGGCCUCGACGAGGAUGAGGAGCCUGCACCUCAGCCAGAAGACCAAGAAAACAUGAUUGUGCCUGCCAGUAAAUCCUGCACGGUCGCCAUUCUCAAACCAGAUGCUGUAGCUCAUGGCAAGGCAAAUGAGAUCAUAAUGAAGAUCCAAGACGCUGGCUUUGAGAUCCUGGUCCACGAGGAGCGCACGCUAACAAAUACAGAGGCUCGAGAUUUCUAUCAACACGAAGCACAAGAGCCGUGGUUUGAGGACUUGGUGCAGUUCAUGUCCAGUGGUCCCUCUCAGAUGCUGGUCCUGUCCAAGUCUGACAGCUCAGACACUGUCAGCGAGUGGCUUGACUUCAUUGGCCCCGCAGAUACUGAGGAGGCCAGGAGAGACAAGCCACAAAGCUUACGGGCACAAUACGGCACUCAAUCCCUGUACAACGCGGUGCACGGUAGCGGGGACAGUGACCAGGCCAGCAGGGAACUCGCCUUUCUCUUCCCCAACUUCAGGACGACCACAGCCGCCGAGCAUGAUGGGAAGGAAGAGCCUGCGGAGAGGACACUGGCGCUCAUCCGGCCUGGCGUUGCCCGAGAGAGAAGGGAUGAAAUCCUGAACAGAAUCCACGAGGCGGGCUUCACUGUGACUCUUCAGAGAGAGGUGACGCUGACAGAGGAGGAGGUCAGACAGUUUUACUCCCAACAAGAGGAUAAGAGCUACUUCCCAGCACUGCUCAAAACUAUGACCAGUGGACCUGUGCUGGCUUUAGUGCUGGCUAAAGCUGAGGCAGUCCAGGAUUGGAAAAACAUGCUUGGUCCGUCUGAUGUGGUUGAAGCUAAAGAUGAAAAUCCAGAAUGUCUGAGAGCCCUGUUCUGUUCAGAGGGCGACCCCAUCAACCAGCUCCACGGCAGCUCCAGCACAGAGGAGGCAAAGCACGAGAUCAACUUCUUCUUUCCCAAACAACACACUCUGGCUAUCGUCAAACCUGAUGUUAUGGAGGAGCAUAAAGAUGAGAUUUUGGAGAAGAUUCACAGCAAAGGAUUUACAAUUAAAAAUAAACAGGAGACGUUUUUGUCCAAGGAAGUGGCCGAGGAGUUUUACAGAGAUCACAAAGAGGAGUCAUUCUUCAAUAAGCUGGUCCAGUUCAUUUGUAGUGGACCCUGUCUGCUGCUCGUCCUCUCUAAGGAGAAUGCGGUGGAGGAGUGGAGGGAGCUGAUGGGCCCCACAGACCCAGACAAAGCCAAGGAGAUGUCCCCGGAAUUGUUAAGGGCCCGCUUCGGCUCUGACAUCUUACACAAUGCAGUCCAUGGCUCCUCCAGCGUAGACCAGGCAGACAGAGAAAUACAGCUAUUGUUUGGUGAUCUCAGUGCAGAGCAAGUGACCAGCAGUGAGGCAGAAACCGAAGGAUAUGUUUUUGUUAAAGAGCAAAGCAACACCACAGAUGAGAACACUGGGCUGUCAAGUUCUUCAGGGCAUUUGUCGGACCAUCAGUAUGACGGUCUCCCCCCUGAUCUGCAUCUCUACAGCACAGAGACCGAAACACAAGAAAGUGACGACCCAGACCAAUGA